AUGUCGGAAAGGGAAGAUAAUGUGUACAAGGCUAAAUUGGCCGAACAGGCUGAACGCUAUGAUGAAAUGGUUGAUGCUAUGAAAAAUGUGGCUUCCCGCAAUGUAUCAGACAAUGAGCUCACAGUUGAGGAGAGGAACCUUCUCUCUGUUGCCUACAAGAAUGUCAUAGGUGCCCGCCGAGCCUCAUGGAGAAUUAUCUCCUCAAUUGAACAGAAGGAGGAAACUAAAGGCGCUGAGGACAAACUUAACAUGAUCCGUGCAUAUCGCAGCCAGGUGGAGAAGGAACUCCGAGACAUUUGUUCCGAUAUUCUCAACGUUCUCGACAAGCAUCUCAUACCCAGUUCACAGACUGGCGAAUCCAAGGUCUUCUAUUACAAAAUGAAGGGUGACUACCACCGGUACCUGGCCGAGUUUGCAACCGGCAACGACCGUAAAGAAGCGGCGGAGAACUCAUUGGUGGCGUACAAGGCCGCUUCCGACAUUGCCAUGACUGAGUUGCCACCCACACACCCCAUACGUCUUGGUCUCGCACUUAACUUCUCUGUGUUCUACUACGAGAUCCUGAACAGCCCGGAUCGCGCAUGUCGGCUCGCGAAGGCAGCAUUCGACGACGCGAUUGCCGAGUUAGACACCCUGUCGGAGGAGAGCUACAAAGACUCUACGCUCAUCAUGCAACUGCUGCGUGACAACCUUACCCUCUGGACCUCCGACAUGCAGGGCGACGGCGAGUCCGGCGAAGCAGAACAGAAAGAGCCCGCGCAGGACGUGGAGGACCAGGACGUGUCGUAA